AUGCAACGGCUCCUUUCAGCUAAAAUCACGAGGAUACAAACAAGGAUCUCUGCUAGCAAGCAAAAUUGGAGAGAUAAACACAUGAAGAAGAAAGCUGAAGAGAACAGUUGGGGUCUCGAUACACUCUAUGUAAGCUACAGAUAUAGACCAACUGAUAAAGGGAGGGCAAAUGAAAGAUACAGUGUAAUAACGUGGACUAUAAAUGGUGAAGUGGAAGGCAACACGUGUAUAAAGCCUAGGGAGAAAUCAAAAUGGCUACAAGUGCAAUAUAGGGAAAGCGAAUGCAGAAUUAAUUGUGGCUGUAUUUCAAAGGUCAUGUUGGGUUGGGCUGCUGAGGAGUUCAACUGGGCGUCAAAAUCUGGGUUAAGACACUUGCAAAUGGACAUAAGUGGGGCAUGGAUAAAAGUGAAGUGGCUAUAUGUGCAAUAUACGGAUGGAAAUGCUGAUGGACGUAUCUUUACAUGGUGGAAUGGUAGGGCAGAAGAAGACUGUAUUUUCAAGAGAUUAGACAGAUGUUUAGCUAAAUCAGAGUUUCAGCAAACUUUUCCAGGGUUAGAAGUGCAACAUCUUCCUAAGAUUGGAUCAGAUCACAGUCCAAUGCAGUUAAAGUGUGAUAUAGAGAACCCUUCUGUGCAGAAAUCAUUCAGAUUUCUAAAUUUUUGGGUAGAGCAUGCAACUUUCAAGGAGGUGGUGCAGGAAAACUGGAAGGUAGAUUUUUGUGCAAAUCCAUACACCAUAUUCAAUCACAAGUUGAAGAAGUUAAAAAAGGCAUUAUCUGUGUGGAGCAAAAAAACAUAUGGAGACACUUUUCAAAAGAUAGCAAGCAUGGCGGAGGUGGUUAUUGUUCAUGAAGCAGAAUUUGAAGCCAAUCCUACAAGGGUAAACAGGCAGAGGUUACAAAAGGUCCAAGCAGAACUUACUAGAUUUUUAGCAUUGGAAGAAAAUUAUUGGAAACAGAAGGCUGGCAUGUCAUGGUUUAAAGAUGGUGACAGGAACACCAAGUUCUUCCAUGCUCAAGUAAGAGGUAGAAGAAAGAAGUUGCAAUUAUCCAGAAUUCAAAACAGUCAAGGUGUUUGGAUAGAUGAUGAAACAGAUAUAGCUACAGAGGCAAUUCAAUUAUUUCAGGAUCAAUUCUCUGAAACUACAGUACCAACAGAUGGAUUAAAUGGAGAUAGUGCUGGAGGGCCAGAUGGAUUUACAGGCAAGUUCUAUCAGUCCUGUUGGGAUAUUAUAGGAGGGGAUCUUUAUGAUAUGGUUAGAGCAUUCUUUAAUGGGCAUGAUCUACCAAAAUGUGUGACUCACACAAACCUUGUGUUGCUUCCAAAGAAGAAAGAGUCUGGAUUUGUUAAAGGAAGAAGCAUUUUGGAAAAUAUUAUCCUAACACAGGAGAUUGUCACAGACAUGAGACUAAGGACAAAGGCAGGUCCUAAUGUCAUCAUAAAGUUAGGUAUGACCAAGGUCUAUCACAGAUUGUCCUGGCUAUUCCUGACUAAGGUUUUAAGAAAAAUGGGAUUUUCAGAAAGAUUUAUAGGCAUGGUGUUUGGCAUAGUCUCUAAUAAUUGCUUCAGGGGAGUUGGUAAACAGGCAAAGUCAGCUGUAUAUUUACAUCAUUUAACAGAUGCAGAAGUAGCAGAUAAAGUGGAGCAGGUUACAGGAAUAAAGAGGCAAGAGUUUCCCAUUAUAUAUUUGGGGUGUCCUAUAUUCUACUCAAGGAGGAAGAUGGAAUACUAUCAGCCUAUGAUCACCAAGGUAUUGGAUAGACUACAAUCAUGGAAAGGUAAAAUGUUGUCCAUAGGGGGUAGAGCAGUACUUAUUGCUCAUGUAUUGCAGAGCAUGCCAAUUCACUUAUUAUCAGCUGUCAAUCCCCCUGCUUAUGUGAUCAAUAGACUACAUAAAAUAUUUGCCCAAUUUUUUUGGAGUAGUUCAGUUACAGGCAGCAACAGACAUUGGGCAUCUUGGUCUACUUUAUGUAUGCCACAGGAUAAAGGGGGGAUUGGGUUUAGGUCUCUUCAUGAUGUAGCAACAGCCUUAUUUUGCAAGUUAUGGUGGAAUUAUAGAACCAAGCCCAGCCUUUGGAGUUCCUUCAUGAGUCAGAAAUAUUGUAAAAAGCUAAAUUCAGUGAUAGUACCAUGGAGAGAAGGAUCUCAUGUUUGGAGAAAAAUGUUAGAGUGUAGAGAUUUGAUAGAACAUCAGAUUAUAUGGCAUCCAAGAAUGGUUUCCUCUUUGUUUUGGUAUGAUAACUGGACUGGUUUAGGGGCACUAUACUUCUUGGUUCCUCAGGAGUUUGGUAUUGAUGAAUCUGUACACAAUGUUUGGGAUGUGGUAGAAGGAGAUGUAUGGAAUGCAGAAAGACUGUAUGAGGUUUUACCAGAGGAAUAUGCAGAACACAUACUUCAAAAUAUUAUGCCACCUACAGCACAUGGAGUACUUGAUGUAUCUAACUGGAUGCUAGAACCUAAAGGAUAUUUCUCUGUAAAAACAGCUUGGGACUACUUGAGAAGAAGAACUGAGCCUAUGACAGCAUACAAGAUGAUAUGGGUAAAGGGGCUACCCUUUAAAAUUUCUUUUUUAUGUGGAAGGUGUGAAGAAAUAAGUUGCCAUUGGAUGAUUUUUUCAGAAGAACCAAGGGAGGAAAAUACUCAGCAUCUGUUCUUCACUUCAUAUGCAGCAAAGAAAGUUUGGAGAUAUUUCCUUGGUCAUGCAGGUAUAUCUACAGAAGGACUCACAUUGCAUCAAGCUAUUGUUAAAUGCUGGACUGCAGAUGCUAUUCCAAGACUGAAACCAAUUAUGCAGGCACUGCCAUCUAUUAUAGUUUGGGAAUUAUGGAAGAGAAGAAACAGUUACAGGUAUGGGGAGGCAGUCACCAUUAACAGAGUUGUAUAUCAGAUAUCCACUACACUGCAGUCACUCAUCAGAAUAAGGAAGCUAGCAAUUCAACAUGUAUCUAAUAGGUGGCCAGACAUGAUUAAGUUGAUGGAGCAAUAUACCCCUAAUCUCAAAUUCACUAAGGUGAUGUGGGAAUUCCCUGAACUAGGAUGGAUUAAAGUGAAUACAGAUGGAGCUGCAAGGGGUAAUCCAGGUAGGAGUUCAAUUGGAUUUGUGGUAAGAGAUGAACAGGGUGAUGUUCUGUAUGCAUAUGGCAAAGAAAUCUCAGAAGGGACAAACACUACUGCAGAAGCAAAGGCUAUUUAUGAAGCAUUAAAGUACUGUAUACAACAUGGAUAUGUGUUAAUUGAUAUACACACAGAUUCAAUGCUCCUGAAGAAUGUCAUAAUUGGGGAAUGGAAACCACCAUGGAUACUAGGUACAGUGAUUGAUGAGAUUAGAGAUUUGAUGAGAAGAGCAAAUGUCAGAAUAGCUCACACUCUCAUAGAAGGUAACAAACUAGUUGAUUACAUUGCAAAUUAUGCCUUGGAUGUAGGAGAAUUGGAAUGUCAAGGUAUAUUGAUUGUACAGGAGAAUGCCCAGAAGAAGUGGGCAGGAUGGAGCAGAACAACUUAA